AUGGCGUACAAACCGACUACCGCGGGGGCCGGCGGCAGCGGUUCUGGUAGCACCCAACCAAACCUGCCCGAACCAGCGGCGAUUAUGGUUGCUUCCGAUAUAGAUGAAGAGGAGGUCUAUAUACAGGAUGACGACGACGAUGUAGACUCGGCCCUAGGAGACGAUGCCUCGAGUGUUAUACAUUCUAUCACAUCCAGUAUCCUGGAAUACAGGACUAUCGGUGGGCGGACGUUCCAUAGCGAGAAGCAUAAUAGUUCCUACUUCAUACCGAACGAUGAGCAGCAACUCCAAUCUCAAGACAUCACGCAUCAUUACCUCACUAUGCUGAUAGGAGAUAAACUAUUCCUUGCUCCUAUACCAGAGAAUGUUCAAAGAGUGCUGGAUAUUGGAACCGGAACAGGAAUAUGGUCUAUCGUCUUCUCAGAAGCGUAUCCGAACGCGGAAGUAAUAGGCACAGAUCUCUCACCCACACAACCGCUCUGGGUCCCUCCUAAUGUCAAGUUCGAACUGGAUGAUUGCACGCAACCAUGGACGUGGUCCGAGAACAGCUUCGACUUUGUGCACAUGCGGUACCUGUUUGGAGGCAUCGCUGACUGGGAUGAACUCCUGCGGCAGGCAUACCGAGUUACCCGUCCCGGCGGUUGGGCCCAGAGCUGCGAGGCGGAUGUCGAUAUCCGGAGCGACGAUGACAGUAUUCCCGCAGAUAGUCCUUUCGUAACGUUUUGGAAUAGGCUGUAUCGCGAAUCACAGCCGAAACUAGGUGUUUCAUUCCAGCCGAUUGACGAUGACGUCCAGAGAAAGGCGUUCGAGAGGGCGGGGUUCGAAUGUAUUGAAGUGCAUGAUUACAAGUUUCCGAUAGGAGGAUGGCCGGCUGAUAAAAGGCUCGCCGAGAUAGGCAUGUACGUCCAAAUGACCAUGCUGAAUGACGUUGAAGGAUAUACCCUCUUCCUAUGGAAAACGGUCAUGGGCGAGAACACGCCGGGCUACGAGGAAGAACUAGCAAAAAUGAAGAAAGAACUAAAGAGCAAGAAGAGGCAUGGAUACAUGAGGUGUCGAUAUGUGUUCGGUAGAAAACCGUAUUUGUGA